UACACGACUCAGGUUUUUAUGAAUAUAAAAUCACAACAAAACCAUCCACAUCAAGCCUGAGGGACUCUAGUAGAGUCAAUGUCCAUGUUGCGGGUAAGUUUCUCUUUUUACGUUUUUGGCAUGCUAAAUAACUUCCUGUUGAAUGUAAACAUAUGAUUCUUAUAGCUUAUUAUAUACAUUAUAUUCUUGUGCUAUGAAUGAAUUGAUUCUGUUUAUUUCAGUAAUGAAACAAUAGCCUGUAUGAUGCCUGCAGGGAAGAUCAUGAACAUUGUAUUUAUGUAAAGUUCCCUCUAGUGAUCUGUGAGUGAGUGAGUGAGCUUUGUGUAAUUGUGAGUGUGAAACAAAUGUUUAAUGUACCAUCAAAUAUUCUACACAUAACAUCUUUAAUUUAUGCUGAUUGUUGACAUCAAAUGUAUUAGAUAACUCAGGUCAGAGGGCUGAUUAAAUUGUAAUGUGUAUCUGUGUUCGAGAGUACAAGAGUCAUUCAGCCACACACUUUAAUAUAUCCUAUCCUCCAAUCUAGAUGCUCCACGUAAGGACUGUUGGGGAGUGUCCUACUCGUCCACCAGCUUCUGUGUCUUGAUGGGCUCAACGGUGGACAUUCCCUGCACAUACGGAUUCCCCACAGACCAGACAGUCACCACAACACUCUGGUACAGAGAGGAUAAGAGGCGUAAGGUGCUUAUAGACCUGCGUCUGGAGGAAGACUAUGAGGGCAGAGUGGAACAUCUCAGUACUGAGGAGCAUAACUGCACUCUGAGAAUCAGAGACGUGGGAGCAACUGAUUCAGGACAAUAUCGAUUCAGAUACGUGACAAACACAACAGGAGGGGCCUUCUCUGGUGGACUAGUAACUAUCUCUGUCACAGAUCUACAGGUGUCAAUGGCUGCUGGUACAUUAACUGAGGGAGGCAAUGUGACACUGACCUGUGACACCAGCUGCAAACUAAAGGCCGUCACCCCCUUCAUCUGGUACAAGAACACACGGCCAACCAGACACAGAGCCAUGAACAGCACCCUCCACCUAAACCCAGUCAGCAGUGAGGAUGCAGGCAGCUACUCCUGUGCUGUUAGAGGACAUGAACAACAUCGAUCACCUGAGGCUGCUUUAGAUGUCAGAUAUGCACCGAGGAACACUGCUGUGCUUGCUGCUCCCCAUGGUGACAGAGCAGUGGGCGAAUCGCUGUCUCUGACCUGCACCAGUGAUGCUAAUCCACCUGUGCACAACUACACUUGGCACAGGAAGGUUGGUGAUGAACUCAAAUUGAUAGGAGCAGGCCAGAGUUACGUUGUCGCUAACAUCAGCUAUGAGACCAGUGGACUCUACUACUGUGUUGCACAGAAUAGUGUUGGUGAACAGCACUCGGCUGCUGUGUCAGUGCCAAUAGCAGGGCAAGGCUCUGCUAAGGGUGCAGCUAUCGGGAUUCUUAUAGUAGUACCACUCCUACUGAUCCCAGGCCUUCUGUGGCUGAGAAAACAAAAGUCUAGGAAUCCUGCCUCGAAAGGAAACACAACAAUUUCUGUACAACAGACAGACCCAAGUCCGGUAUAUGACGACGUAGCUGCAGUAGCAGUGGCCUCUGAUCUCGCAUGGAGACGAAAAACGGAAGCGCACAAUGACGUUCAGUACGCCAGCGUUCAGUUCAAAAGCUCGAAGGAAGCUAAGAUGGCACCCUACGCUAGUGUUGAGCACCCCCAAACCCAAACAGCACAGGAGGAUGUUCAGUACGCUUUACUGAAUUUCUCCAGACCAAAGGACACUCCUCCAGCUGAAGUGGAUCCUGUGAUCUACAAUACAGUGACCAAACCCCCCAGGACACGAAUACAUUGAGCAUCACUUCCCAUCAAGAACAAAGAUGAAUGUUAUUUUUCAAGGAUAUAUUUGCUGAAACCUUUGUUAUUAACAAGAAUGGAAUGUAUAUUCCUGUGUUCUUAUUUCAUCCUGGCAUGCGUAUAAUAAAUAUUCACUUAUGUGCCA